CCCGCACCCUUCCUGGCCCGGCAGGGGGGACGCUAAGGGGAAAACUUUCCUCUCAUAGUUGGAGUUUUGGUGCGCGGUCCGAGGCUCUGCACUGCGGGCACCGUACGCGUUAUGCCAGUGUCCCGGCCUGGCGGAAGGAGUUCGUGCUAGACACCGGGCUGUCCCCUGGAUUACCACCAUGCGGAGGAUGGCGCUCCCGCUCCUGCUCCUAUUACUGGAAUGUGCUCUAGGACUGGGGAUGAUUGAUCGCGGGUCGUGCCCGCCGCCCUGCCGCUGUUUCGGGGAUCUGCUGGAUUGUAGCCGUGGGGAUCUCCAUACGGUGCCGGAGAACCUGCCGGGAUGGGCGGUGCAGCUGGAUUUAAGCCAGAACAGACUUUCUUCAAUCAAAGCUAGCUCAAUGAGUCACCUCCAUAAUUUACGUGAACUGAGGUUAAAUAGAAAUGACUUGAAGAUGAUACCCAAUCUUGGCCCUUUGUCAGUAAACAUUACUCUUCUUUCCUUAACAAACAACAAGAUUGAUUCUGUGUUGCCCGAGCACCUGGAACCUUACCAAUCAUUGGAAACCUUAGAUCUAAGUAACAAUCUUAUUACUGAGCUGAAAACGCCAUCUUUUCCUGUACUGAGACUCAAAUACCUGUACAUCAAUAAGAACCUAAUAACAUCAAUGGAAUCUGGUGCAUUUGAUAACUUGUCUGCCACGUUACAAGUGCUGAAACUCAAUAAGAACCGGAUUGGUUACAUACCUCCAAAAAUGUUCAAGCUUUCCAAUCUCCAGCAUCUGGAGCUGAAGCGCAACCGGAUAAAGCAUGUAGAUGGACUUACUUUCCAGGGUCUUGACGUCUUGAAAUAUCUGAAUAUUCAGAGAAAUGGGAUCACACGGCUUAUGGAUGGAGCCUUCUGGGGAUUAAGUGACAUGGAAGUUUUGCUGUUGGAUCAUAACAAUCUCACAGAGAUUAGUCGAGGCUGGUUGUAUGGUUUGCUUAUGUUGCAGCACCUCCAUCUCAGCCAGAACGCCAUCAGCAGGAUCAGCCCCGAUGCCUGGGAGUUUUGCCAAAAACUCGGCGAGCUAGAUUUAACCUUCAAUGAAUUAACAAGAUUAGAUGAGUCAAGUUUUAUGGGAUUAAGCCUGCUUGGUAGACUGUUUAUAGGCAACAACCACAUAAGUAAUAUUGCUGAUGGUGCAUUUCACGGACUGUCCAGUUUGAGCACUUUGGAUCUGAAGAAUAAUGAAAUUUCUUGGACUAUUGAAGAUAUGAAUGGAGCUUUCUCUGGGCUUGAAAAACUAAAAAGGCUGAUGCUUCAGGGCAAUCGGAUAGGAUCCAUAACAAAAAAGGCCUUUUCAUGGCUGGAAGCACUUGAGUUCUUGGAUCUAAGUAACAAUGCCAUUGUUUCAAUGCAAGGUAAUGCAUUCUCACAGAUGAAGAGGCUUCAACAGCUGCAUCUAAACACGUCAAGCCUUUUAUGCGAUUGUCAGCUAAAGUGGCUACCUCAGUGGUUAACCGAAAAUAAGCUGCAGACAUUUGUGAAUGCAAACUGUGCACAUCCCCAAAGUCUAAAAGGCAAAAGUAUCUUUUCUGUGAGCGCAGACGGAUUUGUGUGUGAUGAUUUUCCAAAACCUCAGAUUACCGUGCAACCUGAAACACAGUCUGCAAUAAAAGGUUCCAAUGUCACCUUUAUAUGCUCGGCAGCAAGCAGCAGUGACUCCCCUAUGACUUUUUCUUGGAAAAAAGAUAAUGAAAUUCUGCAUGAUGCAGAGAUGGAAAGUUAUGGCCACCAGAGAAUACAAGGUGGGGAUGUGAUGGAGUACACCACUAUUCUCAGGCUACGCAACGUGGAGUUCAUCAGUGAAGGAAAAUACCAAUGUGUCAUCUCCAAUCAUUUUGGGACUACGUAUUCUGUCAAGGCCAGGUUAACUGUUAACAUGCUUCCUUCAUUCACAAAGAUGCCCAUAGACCUCACUAUUCGUGCCGGAUCUACUGCUCGACUUGAGUGUGCUGCAGUUGGUCACCCAACACCACAGAUAGCUUGGCAAAAAAAUGGUGGCACAGAUUUUCCUGCUGCUCGUGAAAGACGAAUGCAUGUAAUGCCAGAAGAUGAUGUGUUCUUUAUUGUGAAUGCAAAAAUUGGAGACACUGGUGUAUACAGCUGUACAGCACAGAAUAGUGCAGGCAGCAUUUCAGCUAAUGCUACACUAACAGUACUGGAAACUCCAUCAUUUCUGCGACCUUUAGUAGAUCGAACUGUGUCAAAAGGAGAAACCACAGUCCUACAAUGCAUAGCAGGAGGAAAUCCCACACCAAAAGUAAAUUGGACAAAAGAUGACAAACCAUUGGUUGUAACAGAGAGACAUUUUUUCGCUGCUGGGAAUCAACUUCUUAUUCUUGUGGACACAGACUUUGAAGAUGCAGGAAAAUACACUUGUGAGAUGUCCAAUAUUCUUGGAACUGAGAGGGGCAAUAUACAUCUUUCUGUAAUUCCUAACCCAACAUGCGAUUCUCCUGCUAAUGCCACCCCAUCGUUGGAGGAUGACGGAUGGGCCACAGUCGGUGUUGUGAUUAUAGCGGUGGUUUGCUGUGUGGUAGGAACCUCCCUUGUGUGGGUGGUCAUCAUAUACCACACACGAAGAAGGAAUGAGGAGUGCAGUGUUACUAACACAGAUGAGACAAACCUACCGGUGGAUACUCCCAGCUACUUGUCUUCCCAAGGAACUCUUGCUGAGAGGCAAGAAGGAUACAUCUCCUCUGAAAAUGGAAGCCAUCAUUUCAUAACCACCUCCAUGAGUGGAUAUUUUCUGCAACAGAGAGACACUAAUGGCAUUUGCCAUUUGGAUAAUGGAAGUGAAGCUGACUUAGAAACAGGAAACGACCCACUACACUAUCCCUACAUGGGGCAGCAGAGCUCACUGUAUUUGAAAGGAAGCCUGUACAACCCUGAUGGAUGUGAAGUCUAUCAUGCAGGUUACAGUUCCGAUCAACAGUCUACAAAUCUCAAUGCUUAUGAACCAGAUUAUUCAACACAAAGAGAUGAUAAUUUUAUCAGUAAUUCGGAUGUUCAUGGAACUUUUCCUGUGAUUUAUGCGUUUCCUGGCUCAGUCUGUGACCAAAGCCAAGAUAACAGGAUUAAAACUGAUUCAGAGAUGGAAUUUUGUGAAUUCAAAAACAACUCUGAUAAAAUAUUGCACAUGGGCACAUUUGGGAAGUCUGUAUGGAAACCCCCUUAUGAACCCUUUCCUAAGACAAUAGGAUAUGUGACCUCACAUAGUAAUACCUCCUCAUUGGAUAUACAUUUAGAUUAUGAUAAAGAACAGUCAUCAAAAAUUGCUUUUAAAGAAGAGACUGGAAAUGAAUUCUUGAAGCAAAAUAUUUCUGAUGAUCACAGGACUCCUAUGUUUUAUUGCUAUGAUAUAGACACAUAGCAGCUUAACAGUAUUUCCACUUUAUAAUCCAAAGACUUUUUAACGCUCUACCUCAACUUUAAACUUUACCCAAAGGAAAAAACUAAUGAACUAAUGGGAGAAUGCAAAGAUACCAGAAAUGGCUUUCAGAAAAACAAACUGAAGAAAAAAAACUUUGCUUAAAGUAUCUACUUAUUUUAGAGCUUUGUUUUUAUAUAAAGAAAAAAUCUGCCAUAAUUUAAAAACUGUAAAUAUUGACUUUAUAAAUAUUUUUGUAUUUUUAUGAGAUUUUCUAUGGAAAAUGAAUAGUAAUGUAUUUUAAAAAGUUGCCAAAUCUUUUUGGUUUUUGGCUCUUUGAACGUAUUGUACAUUUGCACAGUAUGGAAAAUAAAUAAAUAAAAAAUAAUAAUAAUAAAAUACUCUGUCAUUAACAGUUGAGAAAGGUGACCUCCUUUACCAAUUUUACUGUUGAUAACCAGAAUUUGUGUAUGUUCACACUAAGCAGGCUGACCAGAGAUUGUGUGCCCUGAUACAUGAGCUAUGUGGGAGUGGAGGAUGGAAAGUUAAAAUCUUACUUUAUUAGGCAGGCUGGGGACAAUGGGAAAAUUAUUUUACCUUACAAAUCCUUUUUAAAUCUGUGCUCUAGUAUAGCCUGCCUGAGGAAAGCUGUACAAACAGAUCCACCAUAGCAGGCACAGGGAACCUCCAAAUGCCAUAAUAGUUGAUCAGCGACCCUUGAUUGUGUAGCAGUGGUGCCUUUCCUGAGACCUGACAUGGUGGACACGGGUGAGACAACCUCCCAAAUGCUAUGAUCGCUAAACAUUGUGGCAGAUUAAAUGACAGUCUUUAGCAUGAUCGAUGAUGCUAGUCAUUAAUGGCGGUUGUCAGCUGUAGAUAGCAGCCAGCACAAACAGUAUGUGAAGCAGAGGCGGCUCCUAAACUUGCUCCAUACAGCUUCUUGACCUCUCCCGUUAUUUAUAUUGGGACAGGCGAGAAAGGGCUAGAUAACGAGUUAAUUGAUUUUGCACCUUUUUAUUAAAUGAUUGGCAUAAGGGAAAAAACUCUUCCCUAAUGGCAGUUAUUUUGG